AGCCUCACCAUAUACCACCACCCUACAAAUCUUUUCCUCUCCUGCGAUCGAGGAAGCGAUGGAGGAAGACGCGGCGAGUCGGGAGCUGAAGGACCACGAAAAUGGCGGAGGAGAGGCGGCGAAGGCGGUAAAGAUUAUCUCGACUAUCCUCGACGCAGAGGAAGUAGCGGAGAUGGAGGAGGCGGCAGUAGCGGAGGUGAUGAAAUGGCUGGAGGAGGAGAUGAGCUCCGCCGCCGUUGCCCACUCCCCUUCCACGCCGUCCUACAACGAGGAGACAUCCUUCGUCACCAUCAACGGCAACGAGGAGAGCUGCGGGCCGUCGUUCUCCAGCUCCGCGUCUACGGUCAUGGCCAGCAUCGACGCCAGUGGCGGCGUUUGCGGAGUGCCCUACUUCGUCGGGUGCCCCUCCGGCAGCGCCCCGUGGGCGUCUCCGGCGCCAUUGGUCCGGAUGCUGGCGGAGCCAUCGGCGGCUGCGCCCAUGGCGGGGCCGUCGGUGGAGCCGCGAUCAAGUUAAAGGAGAGACGGGGAUAAAGAGAGUGAGAGAAAAAGAAAAGAAAAAGGACAGGCGAAAGAAAUAGAGACGCGUUUAUUGCUGUUUACCGUCUCCCAUUGGAAAUAUGAAAUUAGAAAUUAAGGAUGUUAUUCGAAGAGGCUUUUGUCCGUUGUCUCUCACAAAGUAUACAUAUAAAAACCAUCGAACGCAUACGUGGAAGAAAGAAAUUGGGAGAUCUUUCAAGAAAG